AUCAAACCAGGCUCCUUACCUCACCCCAGCCCCACUGUUUGUCAUCUUGUGUGAUUUUCCUCGAAUUAUGGAUGAUUAUCCCUGAAUUAUGGAAGAAAUUCAGCAUUUCAGUGGUAAAUGCUUGAAUGGACAAGUUGUACCUGCUAAGAUCAUUGUUGCUUGCACAACAGAAACAAGUGACAUCCAUCAGAAUCUUUCACUGUUGUUACCUUAUAUUCAGAUAUUUCAUCUAUCUAUAUGUAAACACAAUGCAUCUUUCACUUUUAAAACAUGGUGGACUAUAAGGCUUUUUUUCUGGUAUCUUUAAAAGUUUUCAAACUGGUGAAGAUACAUGUAACUUCUAUGUAUCAUACCAUUAAGUCUAGUCUUCAUUUUGUGUGAUAUCUGAUAUCCAAAGCACUGAUUGCCUGAUGCACUUGCUCCUGCUCUUGAUGUGGUCAUGAAAUUAAAUAAACAACAAACAUCCAUAGUAAAGAUGUGUGACGAGAUGAUAUCUGGAAAGAAACUUAGAAGUACUGAUAGAAAUAUAUUUAUUGAUUAUUCAAAGUGAUUUUAAAAUGUGCAAAAGAAAGGAGAACCAGCUGUUCAAUUUAAGAAAAGGGGUGCUUGAUUUAUCGCUGUGGUAUUGCAAUUAACAGGUACUUUUAAUCCUAAGGUACAGGUAUGUGUUUUAUUUAUUGCACAAUACAUUCCUGGCUUUUUUAUGUAUUGGACAUUAACCUAUUUAUUGUUGCUAUUAUUUGAUUUUGUUUUUUAAUUGUUUGCUAAAUGUAUAGUUGUGCAUGGUAUCCCCCUUUACCAGUGUUUUGUGAAUGGUUACUAUUUCCUUUUCUCAUGUGAUACAGAGAUUAUAUAUUUAUUUUUAUAUAAUUAGUUGUGUAUAAUACUGGGUGUUUGAAUGUAAAAUUAGUUGUCUGUGUACCAUAUGCUUCAUGGUCUUUUUUCAAUAAAGCUAUUCACUUAAGUAUGUAAGUGCCUUUUCCCACAUGAUGAUGAAACAUAAGUAAAGGUAAGUUACAGUAUUUUUAAAAUCUUCUUUUUCAGAAACUAGAAAAGAAAAUGGUUAUGAAUAAUGUGUGUGUUUGUCAAAAUAUGACAAAGCAUUUGUCAUCUAAUAUGUGUCACAAAUAGCACAAAGAUUCCUCAUAAUAUCCAAGCAAUGAAUGUUUGCAUGAAAUAAAACCCUUGCAGCCAUACCUCUAGAUACCAUGAAAAAACAUAAUAAAAUGUCUGUACUAACUAGUCAUCACCUUCAUGUUAAUUAGUACUAUAUACCGACUGCAAAAUCCAUCAUUUGUCUUCUCAUAGUAACUUACACAUUGCCGGUAACCUUAGUACUUCAUUUGCAGCAAAGAAAACCCAAGAAAUCCAGAGGAUGGUUGAAUCUACUCAAGGCAUGACAUCAAGCCCAUCCUCUACAGUUACCACAUCUGAAGUGAAGACUGAAGAUGUACAAGUACAGCAAGACAUACAACAAACCAAACAUGUACCUGAAACACAACACAUUAAGUGGGGGGAAGAUUUGCAAGAGAGUGAAUCAGAGACAUCAACCAUUACUUUUACACCUGAUAAACGGGAUGAUACAACAGUUAAAGAGUUAAAGAGUGUAAUGAGCAUUGAGUCUGUAGAUGUUGACAGAACACCGGUGGAUGCUUCUGAUAUCCAAGAGGCAACAGUACAGGACAUAUCUUUGAGGACUAUUAAAAAACAGUCUAAGAAAACAAGUGAUGAAGAAGGAUUGACUCAUGAAGUCAUGGUUGGUAUUGGUGUAGAAGGUGGAACAGUCAGAGAGGAAACCCAGGUAAAUACCCUUGGCAAGCAAAUCAAACCAAAAGAAGAAUUUGAGUCCUCAGUUGAUCUUCAUAUUGUGCCUACACCUAAAGUUGCCUCUGGGAAAGAGUGGCAAGAGAAAACAACUAUCUGUACAGAGGAAAUAAGUGAGCAAGAAGAUAUUCAGAAACAAGAAGAUAUUCAGAAGCCAAAACUGGGUAAAGUAAUGGGUGAAACUACCAAAGACUUUACUGAAGAGUUUCUGCCAGAUUUUGCUCAAACUUCAACAGAGUAUGAGCCUAUAUUGGGCUUUGCACAGGCUAGUUUCCCAACUGUUCUUUCAGAUGUCCCUGCUAUAAGAAUAAGAAGGACCGACCAACAUAUUACAGUAUCAGAAAGCAGGGAGGAUACAGAACAGUCAGAUCUGCCACAGUUGGAAAUUACUGAAAUUGAAGAAGAAGUUGAAAGUCCUGCCACAGAAUGCAAAGUUACUUUCCCAAGCACCCACCGUGGUUCUUUAAUUGACAUCUCAGCUCCUGCUGAUGUGGAUAUAGUCCCACUUGCAGUAACUGAAACAGAAGAGACUCACACCAAAACACAGGAAAAAGACCUACAAGAGAUGUUCUCAGAAUGCAUUCUUGAGCCAAUCCCACAAACAUUGACAUGUAAGGCUGUGGAAUCAAAAGUUGAAUAUAACAGGGCUUCAGUAUCAGAGACACUUACAUUUAUAGGUCCAUCUCCUACAAGGUCUGCAAAGUCACAAACAAUUCUAGUAGAAGAGGAUGAUGAACAUACUUAUACACAAACACCUACAGCUCCUGAGAAAAAUCAGCAAAAAUCUGAAACCGUGGAGAUCACUGACAUAACUACCACUGAAACAAUGACCCAACCAAUUCACAAACACGUUACUGUACAUGAACUUAAUACUCAACAAGAACAAGAGUUCACUAAUAUUAUACCUACUUUUGCACCUUCCAUAGAAUCUACAGAAAAAGAGCAAAGGAUAACAAUAAAAGAGGAAACUACAGGGACAGAUGAAAUAUUGCUUGAACAAACAUCGAUGUUUGAAAGCCAGAAACCUAAGCCCGAACAGGCAAAAACACUUAUUAUGGAAGAUGUUAAAGAUUCAGUGACAGUGACUGAAAAUCUGAGUGAAGAACAGCCAGCCCCAUGGCAUCGUGGAGAAAAAAUUCACUUGAAGAAGCAGAUCAGUAUUACACCAGAUGUUGUGGCUUCUGAAUCUAUACAGAUCACUGAUACAAAAACUGAAGAUACAUACAUUACCUUACAGACAGAAAAAGGAGAAGAAGUUACUGCUACAGUCACUGAAGAGCUUAAGGAUUCAGUUACUGUUACAGAAAAGAUCCCUGAAGAACAGCCUAUGCCAUGGAAAAGAGGGGAGAAGAUACCAUUCAGGACUGAAAAUAUCAAACCAGAACUGGUUUCUUUAGAAUCACUUCAGGUUACUGAUACUAAAGCUGAAGAUACGUAUGUUGCCCUGAAAACUGAAAAAGGAGAACAAGUAAAGGCAACAGUCACAAAAGAACUUAAAGAUUCCUUGACUGUGAUGGAAAAUAUCCCUCAAGAACAGCCAAUGGCAUGGCAAAGGGGUGAGAAAAUUCCAUUUAAGACUGAGAGCAUAAAGCCUGAGUUAGUGUCGUCUGAGUCUCUUCAAGUUACUGAUACUAAAGUUGAAGAUACUUAUGUACACCUACAACCAGAAAAAGCUACAAAAGCAAAGGCCACAGUUACUGAAGAUUUAAAGGACUCUUUAACUGUGACAGAAAAAAUCCCAGAAGAACAGCCACUGGCAUGGCAAAAGGGUGAGAAAAUUCCCUUUAAGACUGAAAGCAUAAAACCUGAGUUAGUUUCUUCAGAAUCUCUUCAGGUUACUGAUACUAAAGUUGAAGAUAGUUAUGUAAACCUACAGCCAGAGAAAGGUGAGCCAGUAAAAGCCACAAUAUCAGAAGAUUUGAGGGAUUCACUAACUGUGACAGAAAAGAUUGCAGAAGAACAACCAAUGUCUUGGAGUAGGGGUGAGAAAGUUCCCUUUAAAACUGAGAGCAUAAAACCUGAGUUGGUUUCCUCAGAAUCUCUCCAGGUUACUGAUACUAAAGUUGAAGAUACCUACAUGCAUCUUCAGCCUGUAAAGAGUGAGCAAGUGAAAGCUACAAUAAUGGAGGAUCUAAAGGACUCACUUACUAUAACAGAAAAAAUCCCAGAAGAACAACCAACUCCAUGGAGAAGAGGGGAAAAGAUGCCGCUAAGAACUGAGAGCAUCAGGCCUGAAUUAGUUUCAUCAGAAUCAUUGCAAGUAACUGAUACUAAAACUAUAGAUUCAUGUGAAACUUUCCAGAGUGAAAAGGGGGAGGAAGCAAGAGCCACUGUAACUAAGGACCUAAAAGAUUCUUUGACAGUUACAGAAAGGCUUCCUGAAGAACAACCUUCACCCCUGAAAAGGCCUCCAAGAGUAACAGCUGAUUUAGCUCAGCAUAAGUUGAUGGUAAUGGAACAUGAUUCACUUUCUAUUACUGAAAUAUAUGCUAAGGAAGGUGGCACUCAGUUUGAAACUGAAAAGGCAAAUAUAGAGACAGCUGUAGGUAUGCUGGAGCCACUUGAAGCACUUACUACAACAGAUCACAGAAGUGAGGAAACUAUUUCUCAGCUCUCAGACUUAAUGAAACAGACACAAAAGGCAACAGUCAUGGAACAAGAUACUAAACAAACAAUUCAGGUAACAGAACAAAUUCCUCAUGAAAGUAUUGCAGAUCUGAAGAAGGAAAAACAGAUAUUUGAGAGCCUCAAGUGUGGCCUCACUGGACAGAAUGCUCCACAAGUUGAAGAGAUUAUAGUGCAUGAUGCAGAAGAGAAGUAUGAAUCUAAAGCGCCUAAGAGAGCAACAACAACACAGACAACAGUUACUAAACAGUCAGAAGCUGUUAUUAUUGCUGAACCAAAACUGGAGGAGGACACUGUUCAGUGGGAAAAGCAUGCAGAAAAACUAGAACAGGCAAAGCCCAACAUAUUAGAACAAAAGUAUAUUCAAAUCUCUGAAAUAUUUAAGGCUGACAAGGAGGAUGUUCUUCCUGAACAAGCACCAUUACAACAGCAAGGCAGAAUGACAGAAAUGCAGCCUUUGGAAGCUCUUACCAUACAAGGUCAUGAUGUUCAGGAAGAUGCUGCAUCAUGGAAGUCUCGUAUAGACAAGGAGCAAACCGCACGGGCAUCCAUCCUGGAAAAAAUGUCUGUUAAUGUCAUGGAAACACAGCAACAUGAUUCAUUUAAAGAAUAUAAGCCAGAAAAGCCAAUUGAAGUGCAAGCUACACAAAUGGAAGGUAGACAAGAAGCUAUAGCUGUUUCAGAAACAAAAGCAGAAUCUCCUAUAAGAGAACUUCCAAAGGAAAGCAAAAUAGAACAUCAUGCAUCUCUUAUUCAUUCCAAGAAAUCAUCUCUUGUUGUUUCUGCAUCAGAUGUCCAAGAGAGUGAAGCUCCCCUGAAGAUUCGGAAGCCAGUAGAAGCACAGGCAGAUAAAUUGGAUAUAAACACUUUCCAUUCUGUCAUUGUUGCUGAUACUGAAGUUCAAUCUCCUGUGGACACUCUAAGUAAACCUAUAUUGCCUACAGGAAAAGCAAAAACAAGCUUUAUUCCUCAAAAGGCACUUGAAAUACUUGAAUCUCAAGCUCACCAGAAAGAAAAGGAUUUCCAGCCUAGCAAGCCUGAAGACUUGGUUAUUCAAGGUAAAGUUGAAUGCAGUGAACACUUCCUUGAAGUACAAGAAACAAAAGCUCAGUCCCCAUUAAGGGAAUUAAAAGAAGCCAAACCUUUCACAGAUAUGGCAAGUACAUCUGUUGUCCCUCAAAAGUCUGUGAAAGUUUCAGAAGUGUCUGUGAGUUUUAAAGAAGAGGAAUUCAAAGAGAUCCCAAGAUACUCUCAUACAGCAACAGAAGAGCAAGUACCUGGUCAUAUUCCACUGGAAAUAACUCAAAGCACCAUUCAAGAUACUAUUAAAGAUUUUACAACCAGUAUUCCAAAAGGAGAAUCAGCAUCAGUAGAUCUAAAGAGCUUCCAUGCAGCAUCUGUCUUGGAGAUCCAUGCAGCCCAGGCUGAAGAAAAAUAUAAUCCUUCUCAGCAUCCAACAACUACUGCAAAAACACAUUUGGUGGAAGGUAUGCAGCCUAUUAUUACAGAAGAAGUUUGUGCAUCAUCUUCAGUUAUAGACUUUGAUGUUCCUGACAAACCAAAAUCUAAAGAAGCAACAAAGAGUUUUGAAGAACAAAAGGCAAUAACUAUUACUGAGACUGACAUGCAUGAAAAAGAAGAGUCACUUAUGGAAAAGAAGCCUGUUGAAUUACAUUUAAAAUCUAAAAUAAAUGGAGGGCUUGAGCCUCUCUUGAUCACUGAAGUGGAAAGUGAGGAAACUAUUGGCAAAGUAGUUCCAAAAACAGUGCCUGAAAAGGAAAAUGCAACAAUUGAACUUACUCAUGCAGCUAAGGUGGCUCUUUCAUCUGGUGUAUUAAUAAAUGAGUGUGAAGGAUGGCAUGAAGAUGAAAAACCAGAAACACAGAAGGCAGAAGGGAUCAUGAGCACAGGGGAAGCUAUAACUGUACUUGAAACACUUCCACAGUCUCUGGCUGAGGAACUUCCUGUUGCUCCCAAGCCAAAAGCUGAAGAAGGAAUGGGAUCUUUAAUUCCAUCAAAAACUGUGUCAGUCUCAGAGGUUAUUUUGCAUGAAAAAGAAGGAGUUCAUGAAGCAGACAAGUUCCCUACAAUUUCUUUACCCAGUCAGACACAAGCACCAAAUAUCCCAUUAGUUGUACAAGAGACUCAUACAGAUUCAAGUUUGUCUGAACUGGCUCAGCAGAAAAUGUUGCCAUCACAGUCAGCUUCAGUAUCUCUUACUGCUCAUGUCAUUGCUUCUUCUACAGCUGUAGGCAUUAGUGAGAAAGAAGGUGUAUAUAAAAAAGAGAAACCAAUAGAAGAUCUUGCAAAUGUUGAAUAUGAAAGCGAAAAAGUCCCCAUUCAAGUAAUUGAAACAAGAGCAGAAUCACCAGUGAAAGAUUUUAAGGAUAUUAAGCCAGAGAAUGCACAGGCAAGGCCAGAUAUCAUACCUCAGAAAGCUAUUGCUGUAUCUGAAAUGGAAUCUAAAGAAAAAGAAGGAACUCUUGAAAUUAAAAAGCCAUCAACAAUUUCACUGAAGUCUGAUAUCACGCAACCUUUGCAUUCACUGACUGUAUCUGAAAUCAGUGCAGAAAGUAAUAUUCAUAUGUUAGAUAUAGAUAAGAUUAAUGAAGAGCAGGCUAAGACAAGUCAUAUUCCACACCAUGCUACUGCUGUUAGUGAACCAUUUGUGCAUCAGAAAGAACAGGAUUAUACCCAGCCAAAACCACUUUCUGCUGCACCAAAGGAAUCAUGUGCUCCUGGUCAUGAAUCUGUUCAAAUAACAGAAACAAGAGCAGAGUCCCCCAUUACAGACAGAGAUGAAAAAGAAACUAUAAAAAGCAAGGCUAAAACUCAAGUCAUCCCACAAGAUACAGUACAGGUGCAUGAAGUAAGGGUUCAUGAAUCGGAAGGAGACUUUAAAUUAAGUAAGCCAGAGGAAACAACUGGUAUAGUAAAUCGCACCCCAGGCCAUAUAGUUGCAAUUUCUACAAAUGUUGAAUUAUCGGAAAGCAUCCAGAAAAUGGAAGAUGCAGGGAAAUUGGAAGGUAAAACUGCAAAAAUUACCAUAAAUCCACAGCAAGCUGCAGAAGUUAUGCAACAUGAUGUGAGUGAGGCUGGAAAAUUGUUAAAAGAAGUGAAACCAGAAGAAAAGAAAGCAAUGCCAAAUAUAGAAGAAAUGCAAUCUGUGUCAGUUUUGGAAAUAAGUGCAGAAACCAAGGAACAAAAUUAUGACAUUAAAGAAUUACCAUCAGUGCAUAAUGUUGAAGCCAAACCAGUUAUUACUCCCCUUCACCUUGCUCAUGUCAACCAUCCCGAGGUAGCAGAGCAGGAGGGGAUUGUCCCUACAUUUGACACCACUGGCACUAGCCAUGCAAAACUUGAAUUUACACCACACACUUCAAAAUUAGUGAUUCAGCAACAACCUAAUAUACUUACAGGCAUAUUAAAAUCAGAACAACCUAUUCAUGCCUCAGGCAAGGUGGUAAUGGAGCCAGCUGCCCAUGUCUCAGGUUCGGAAGAAGUUGUUAUUGAAACGAUUGAGGAAACAGCAUCUAAAGCCACACCACAAGCUAUGCAGGCUCGUCGUCUUCUAGAUACACAACAGACUAUUUCUGUUAUGCAAGUCUCUGCUUUUAAUCAAGCAGAGGCAAUGGGUAAAGUUGCUAUGCCAAUGGCAGCAACAGCAAAGACUGUCCAAACAACUCAACAAAGCAUUAAUGUUCAUGAAGCUGAUUUAAGAGAAUCAUCAUCUAGUGUCACUCCUGAAAAAACUACAGAACAAAAAGCGACUGCUGUGUUUGAUCAAAGAGAACAUGUUACAGUUUCCGAAGUAAAGUCAGAUGAACUUCCAGCCGAAAUGAAGCAUGUGAGGCUUGAAGGUAAAGCUUUACCUGUAGUGAAGCCUCAUGAAACUGUCACUGUCUCAUCUGUUACCGUAGCAGAAAAUUAUGAAGAGUCAAAGCAUCCAACACCACGAAUGGAACAGGCUCAGCCUAUUGCAAUGCCCCAGGAUUAUGUCUCAGUUGAGGAAACUAAAGUUCAUGAAAGUUCAGGAGAAAUAAAAAUCAAGCAGCCAAUAGAAGAAAGAGCUACAACUUCUGUAUCAAAGCGUGAAUCUGUCAUGAUUUCUGAAGUAAAGACAGAGGAAAAACCAGUUUCCAUAAGAGAAAGAAGACCUUCCCAGGAAAGAGCUAAGCCAGCUGUUGUGAGACAAGAGCAUAUAAUUGUAUCAGAGACAUCAACAGUUGAAGCACCUGGAUUUGUAAAACAUCGCAGACCUUCUGAAGACAGAGCUAAAACAAUUCUUUCCCAAAAACAGUCAGUUAUUGUCUCAGAAGUUCAGUCAGAAGAAGCUCCUAAAUCUACAAAGCAAAGAACUCCAUCACAAGAAAGGGCAAGACAAGUAAUGUCAGAAAAGGAAUCUUUUGUUGUUCAAGAGGUUAAAGUACAUGAACUUCCAAAAGAUCUUCCAAAGGCCAAACCAAAGGAGGAUAAGGCUAAGAGGGUUAUUCCUCAACAGGAAUCCAUCUCAGUUCAAGAGACUCAAGUCGAGGUACACACUGGCGACAUUUCACAUGUAAAGCCAAAAGAAGAAAAAGCUAAGAAGAUAUUUGAAAAGCGUUCAUCAGUGGCUGUAUCCGAAGUCUCCAGUCAUGAAAUGGCUGUAAAGAUGCCUGAUUAUAAGCCUCAGAAGACUGAGUCUGCAAAAACAAAAAUGGACCAUAUGGAAGUUGUAAGUAUUUCUGAAGUAACUCCUGAUGAAGCUCCUCACAUUGUACCUGAAGAGAAAAGAAAAACAGAAACGGCUACUAUGAUUCUACCUGAAAUGAAGGAGACAAUACAGAUCACAGAGGUCUCUACUGAGGAAACACCACACAGUGUAGUUCAUGCUAAGACGAAUGAACAGUAUGCACAAGUAGUCCUUAAACCAACAGAAUCAAUAAGUGUCUCUCAUACACAAGUACAUGAAUCUACUGAUGAAGUGCGGAAGUUAAAGCAUGUGGAAGAAAGAGCUCAGACCAUCCUUCCUCAACAAGAUUCAAUUACAGUUCAAGAGAUAAAUGUAAAGGAAGAACCAGAAGAAGUAAGGGAACACAGACCUAAAACUGAAACAGCAAAAUCUAUACUUUCACCGCGACAAUCAAUUGCAGUGGAAGAGAUAAAUGUGAAGGAAAGUCCUGGGUCAGUAUCUGAAGUUAAGCCAAAAACUCAACAAGCUACAUCAGUUCUCUCUGAGCACGAGUCCAUCACUAUCCAGGAAGUUAGUAUUAAAGAAUCUCCUGGUAAUAUAAAGGAUAUAAAGCCAAAAACAGGAACAGCAGAGACUAUCUUUACAACUCAAGAUUCUAUUGCUGUUCAAGAAGUUUCAGUGAAGGAGGCACCUGGUUCUGUUAAAGAUGUAAAACCCAAGGCAGAACUGGCUACAGCCAUCAUUUCCCCUCAUGAAUCAUUGACAGUUCAAGAAGUAUCUGUUAAAGAAGCACCAGGUGACAUGAAAGAAGCAAAACCAAAGCAUGAACAAGCCUCUUCAGUUAUAACUCCUCUGGAAUCCAUCAACGUUCAUGAGGUUUCUGUGAAGGAUGCUACAGGAUCUUUGAAAGAUUUACUAAUAAGUACAGAGCAAGCUUUAGCCAAGAUAUCUCCUCAUGAAUCAAUAACAAUUGAGGAGGUUUCUGUUAGGGAAGCUCCUGGCUCAGUGAAAGAUGCAAAACCUCGGACAGAAAUGGCAACAUCAAUAAUUUCUCCUCAUGAGUCUAUCACUGUAGAAGAGGUAUCUGUGAGGGAUGCUCCAGGAGAUUUCAAGGAUAAAAAGCCAAAGCAUGAGCAGGCUUUAUCUGUGCUCUCUCAGCAAGAGUCCAUCAGUGUGCAUGAAGUAUCUGUAAAAGAUGCUCCAGGAAAAUUGAAGGAUUUGAAACUAAGCCCAGAACAAGCCUCGUCUAUUAUUUCUCCUCAUGAGUCCAUUACAGUAGAAGAGGUUUCUGUGAAGGAAGCUCCUGGUUCUAUGAGUGAUGCAAAGCCUAAGACAGAAAUGGCAACUUCAAUUAUCUCUCCUCAUGAGUCGAUCACUGUACAAGAGGUAUCUGUGAGGGAUGCUCCAGGAGAUUUCAAGGACAAAAAGCCAAAGCAUGAGCAGGCUUUAUCAGUACUCUCUCAGCAAGAGUCCAUUAGUGUACAUGAGGUAUCUGUAAAAGAUGCUCCAGGAACAUUGAAGGAUUUGAAGCUAAGCCCAGAACAAGCCUCAUCUAUUAUUUCUCCUCAUGAGUCCAUCACAGUAGAAGAGGUUUCUGUGAAAGAAGCUCCUGGUUCUAUGAGUGAUGCAAAGCCUAAGACAGAAAUGGCAACUUCAAUUAUCUCUCCUCACGAGUCAAUCACUGUACAAGAGGUAUCUGUGAGGGAUGCUCCAGGAGAGGUCAAGGACAAAAAGCCAAAGCAUGAGCAGGCUUUAUCUGUGCUCUCUCAGCAAGAGUCCAUUAGUGUGCAUGAGGUAUCUGUAAAAGAUGCCCCUGGGUCUUUGAAAGAUUUGAAACUAAGCCCAGAACAAGCUUCUUCUGUUAUUUCUCCUCAUGAAUCAAUUACAGUAGAAGAAGUUUCUGUGAAAGAAGCACCUGGCUCAAUUAAGGAUAUAAAACCAAAGACUGAAAUGGCUACCUCCAUCAUAUCUCCUCAUGAAUCUAUAACAGUAGAGGAGGUAACUGUAAAGGAUGCCCCAGGAGAAAUGAAAGACAAGAGAUUAAAGCAUGAGCAAGCAACUUCAGUUCUUUCUCCACAAGAGUCAAUUAGUGUCCAUGAAGUAUCAGUAAAAGAUGCACCAGGAUCCAUGAAAGAUUUCAAACUGAAAACAGAACAAGCUUCAUCAGUAAUAUCUCCACAUGAAUCUGUCACAGUGGAAGAAGUAUCUGUAAAAGGGGCAUCAGCAGAUUUCAGUGAUAAGAAACCACAGUCUGAGACUGCAACAUCAAUAUUUUCUCCACAGGAGUCUAUUGCUGUCCAUGAGGUGUCAGUGAAGGAUGCCCCAGGUUCUUUGAAAGAUCUAAAAUUCAAAACUGAACAGGCAUCUUCAGUCAUAUCUCCACAUGAGAGUGUCACAGUGCAAGAGGUGUCUGUAAAGGAAACAUUUACUGAUAUUACAGACAAAAAACCAAAAACUGAAACAGCAACAUCACUAUUGUCAACAAAGGAAUCAAUUGCCGUUCAUGAAGUUUCAGUAAGGGAUGCACCAGGUUCAAUGAAAGAUUUAAAACUUAAGACUGAACAAGCAACAUCCAGCAUAUCUCCUCAUGAGUCCCUUACUGUAGAGGAAGUGUCUGUAAAAGAGGCAUCAGCAGACCUCAAUGAACGAAAGCCAAAAACAGAAAAAGCCACAUCAAUUCUUUCUCCUCAGGAAUCCAUAUCUGUUCAAGAAGUAUCUGUUAGAGAUGCUACAGGAUCUAUGGCAGAUAUUAAACCAAAGACUGAACAAGCAACAUCUAGUAUUUCUCCCCAUGAAUCAAUCACGGUAGAAGAAGUAUCAGUGAAGGAAGCUCCAGGAGAUGUAAGUGAUAAAAAGCCAAAGACGGAGAAAGCUACUUCAAUAUUCUCACCACAAGAAUCCAUUGCUGUUCAUGAAGUGUCUGUUAAGGAUACUACAGGCUCAAUGAAAGACUUAAAACUGAAAAAAGAACAAGCUUCAUCAGUAAUUUCUCCUCAUGAAUCACUUACCAUAGAAGAAGUAUCAGUGAAGGAAACAUCUGAAGAGCUUAGUGAUGAAAAACCAAAAACAGGACUGGCAACCUCAAUCUUUUCUCCUCAAGAAUCCAUUGCUGUUCAUGAAGUAUCUGUGAAGGAUGCUCCAGGAUCCCUUAAAGAUUUAAAAUUCAAGACAGAACAAGCUUCAUCUGUCCUUUCUCCUCAUGAGUCUCUUACAAUUGAAGAAGUAUCUGUGAAGGAAGCAUCAGGAGAUCUGAGUGAUAAAAAACCAAAGACAGAAGUAGCAACAUCUAUAUUCUCUCCUCAGGAAUCUAUUUCUGUCCAUGAAGUAUCUGUGAAAGAUGCUCCAGGUUCUAUGAAAGAUCUGAAACUGCAAACAGAGAAAGCAUCUUCUGUCAUAGCCCCUCAUGAGUCUGUUACAGUUGAAGAGGUAUCUGUCAAAGAAACAUCUGGAGACAUUAGUGAGACAAAACCAAAAACAGAAACAGCAACUUCAGUUUUCUCAACUCAAGAAUCUAUUGCCAUUCACGAGGUGUCUGUGAAAGAUGCCCCAGGAUCAAUGAAAGAUUUGAAAUUCAAAACUGAACAAGCAUCAUCUACAAUUUCUCCUCAUGAAUCUGUUACAGUUGAAGAAGUGUCUGUUAAAGAAACAUCUGGAGAUAUUGAAGAGAGGAAACCUAAAACAGAAAAAGCUACUUCUAUUCUUUCUCAACAGGAAUCCAUUAGUAUACAUGAAAUUUCUGUAAAAGACGCUCCAGGUUCCAUGAAGGACUUGAAGCCAAUUACAGAGAAAGCAUCAGCUACUAUUGCACCACACGAAUCGGUAACAAUUGAAGAGGUUUCAGUCAAGGAAGCAUCACAAGACCUGGAAAGCCUAAAGCCAAAACCAGAACUUGCAAAAUCUGUUUUGUCACCAAAAGAAUCGAUAGCAGUUCAGGAAAUCUCAGUAAAGGAGGCACCAGGUGACAUAGAGACUUUGAAGCCCAAAUCAGAAAAAGCGCGAGUUACUGUAACAAAGAAAGAUUCCCUUCAGGUUCUAGAAGUUGCGUCUGAGCUUGCUCCAGACACUAUACCAGAGAGUCACAUGAUUGGAGACAAGGCAAAGGUUACUGUCACAGAGGAUCUCCAACGGGCAGAUCAGGAAGAUGUUAUUGUGUUACGAGGUCCAAAGAAAGAAAAGAAGGUCAUUGAAGUAGUGGAGGAAUCAGAUGAAGAAGUUCCAGUUAUAAAGAAAGAAAAGAAGGGAGAACCAAUUGAGGAAAAAAUAAGUGAACCAGAAGAGAUUGAAGAAGUUACUGAAGAAGUACAAGUAAAAAUCAAACCAAAGAAAGAGCCUAAAGUAGAGGAAGAACAAAUUGCUGAGGAAGUAACAAUAAAGAAAGAUAAGAAAAAGGAAGAGAUCAUUGAGGAAGUCUCAGAAGAUGUAACGGUUAAAAAGAAACCAGAAAAGAAGCCUGAAGAAAAAGUUGUUGAAGAGGUUACAGAAGAGGUGCAAGUAAAGAUGAAAUCAAAGAAAAAGCCUGAAGUCAAGACUGAAGACAUUGCUGAGGAAGUGACAGUCAAGAAACCUGAAGAAAAGAAGCCUGAAGAGAAACCUGAAGAGAAGAUUGUUGAAGAGAUCUCAGAAGAGGUGCAGAUUAAGAUGAAGCCAAAGAAGAAGCCUGAAGUCAAGACCGAGGAGAUUGCUGAAGAAUUGACUCUGAAGAAGCCUGAGAAACCUGAAGAAAAGGUUGAAGAAGUCACUGAAGAGGUGGAGAUUAAGAUGAAGCCAAAGAAGAAGCCUGAAGUCAAGACUGAGGAGGUUGCUGAAGAAGUGACUCUGAAGAAGCCUGAGAAACCUGAAGAAAAGGUUGAAGAAGUCACUGAAGAGGUGCAGAUUAAGAUGAAGCCAAAGAAGAAGCCCGAAGUCAAGACUGAGGAGGUUGCUGAAGAAGUGACUCUGAAGAAGCCUGAGAAACCUGAAGAAAAGGUUGUUGAAGAAGUCACUGAAGAGGUGCAGAUUAAGAUGAAGCCAAAGAAGAAGCCUGAAGUCAAGACUGAGGAGGUUACUGAAGAAGUGACUCUGAAGAAGCCUGAGAAACCUGAAGAAAAGGUUGUUGAAGAAGUCACUGAAGAGGUGGAGAUUAAGAUGAAGCCAAAGAAGAAGCCUGAAGUCAAGACUGAGGAGGUUACUGAAGAAGUGACUCUGAAGAAGCCUGAGAAACCUGAAGAAAAGGUUGUUGAAGAAGUCACUGAAGAGGUGGAGAUUAAGAUGAAGCCAAAGAAGAAGCCCGAAGUCAAGACUGAGGAGGUUACUGAAGAAGUGACUCUGAAGAAGCCUGAGAAACCUGAAGAAAAGGUUGUUGAAGAAGUCACUGAAGAGGUGGAGAUUAAGAUGAAGCCAAAGAAGAAGCCCGAAGUCAAGACUGAGGAGGUUACUGAAGAAGUGACACUGAAAAAGCCUGAGAAACCUGAAGAAAAGGUUGUUGAAGAAGUCACUGAAGAGGUGGAGAUUAAGAUGAAGCCAAAGAAGAAGCCCGAAGUCAAGACUGAGGAGGUUACUGAAGAAGUGACUCUGAAGAAGCCUGAGAAACCUGAAGAAAAGGUUGUUGAAGAAGUCACUGAAGAGGUGGAGAUUAAGAUGAAGCCAAAGAAGAAGCCCGAAGUCAAGACUGAGGAGGUUACUGAAGAAGUGACUCUGAAGAAGCCUGAGAAACCUGAAGAAAAGGUUGUUGAAGAAGUCACUGAAGAGGUGGAGAUUAAGAUGAAGCCAAAGAAGAAGCCCGAAGUCAAGACUGAGGAGGUUACUGAAGAAGUGACACUGAAGAAGCCUGAGAAACCUGAAGAAAAGGUGUUGAAGAAGUCACUGAAGAGGUGGCAGAUUAAGAUGAAGCCAAAGAAGAAGCCCGAAGUCAAGACUGAGGAGAUUUCUGAAGAAGUGACUCUGAAGAAGCCUGAGAAACCUGAAGAAAAGGUUGUUGAAGAAGUCACUGAAGAGGUGGAGAUUAAGAUGAAGCCAAAGAAGAAGCCCGAAGUCAAGACUGAGGAGGUUACUGAAGAAGUGACUCUGAAGAAGCCUGAGAAACCUGAAGAAAAGGUCGUUGAAGAAGUCACUGAAGAGGUGGAGAUUAAGAUGAAGCCAAAGAAGAAGCCCGAAGUCAAGACUGAGGAGGUUACUGAAGAAGUGACUCUGAAGAAGCCUGAGAAACCUGAAGAAAAGGUCGUUGAAGAAGUCACUGAAGAGGUGGCAGAUUAAGAUGAAGCCAAAGAAGAAGCCUGAAUUUAAGACCGAGGAGAUUACUGAAGAAGUGACUCUGAAGAAGCCUGAGGAGAACCUGAAGAAAAGGUCGUUGAAGAAGUCACUGAAGAGGUGCAGAUUAAGAUGAAGCCAA